AUGAAUAACAAUAAUAUCGACGAAAAUAUUAUUUCGUUAUAUAAUGCUCAAAAGUGGGAAGAGAUUAUUGCUUUGUCUUCCACGAUUGAUGAUUUUAAAACAUGCAAAUUAUCAUGGGUAUUGCCUGAUAUAAGUGAUUUGUAUUGGAUAAAUAAAAUUGUACAACAGUAUAAUCUAUCGGGAAUCGCAAGUGUUGGAUGUGGAUGUGGAUUACUAGAAUGGUUAUUACAAAAGUACUCAGGUUUAGAUAUUGUGGGCAUAGAAUUGGAUAGUUCUUGGUGGAACAGCAAAUAUUCUCCACCACAAUUUUUGAAAAACAUUAUCUUUGUUGAAAAUAAGUCUAUAAAUUUUCAAAUACCAAGGAAAUAUGCUAUGUUAUUUUGUUAUUUUAAUAACAGUACAGCAUUUCAUAAUUAUAUGAAAAAUUAUAAAGGCAAUUUAGUUCUAGUCAUUGGGUCUGAAGCAGAUAAUUGUACGACAGAUCCAUUACCAUUUGAUGCAAAAUUUGAAAAAUAUAAUUGGAAAUUGAUGAAGAAGAGGAAACUUGCGUAUUCCAAUAAUUAUAUUACUGCAUAUAGUAAAUAAUAUGUAACAGGUGUUUUAAAUAUAAUGAAAU